GUGUGACACUUGACAUUCAGUUUCUCAGCGGCGUACAAGACUGAGGUAUAUCAAAAAACRUGUUAGUUAACCAUGUCUUUAUUGUGCUUGAAAUCUGAAAGUCAAUAAAACGCAAAMAGAAGAAAAAUAUGGGAAUUUGUAAGCAAACAUUUUAUCUUCUGAAAAAGAACUUUCAAAUCAAAAGGCGACACAAGAAACUGACAAUUCAAGAGAUUAUYGUUCCCAUUUACUGGCUUCUUAUUCUCGUUAUUAUCAAAUCRACAACAAAAAUCGAUGAGAAACCUGCAAUCGAUAGCAAAGAUAUUCCAAGUCAAAAUCUAACAGUUCAGCAAGCCAGGCCGAAUGGUCUCGGAAAYACYACCACCAAGUUACCUUUAGUUGCUAUUGUUACUGACGGCGAUCCAAAAUGCGAAAAAGUCGUAGCAGAGCUCAAAAAUGUCACUUCAUCUAGAACUAACUAUAUUAGAUUUAAUACUAGUGACGAUAUGGUGAAUUAUUACAAGGAACAUGGAGAAAAGAGCAACAUGGGCUUAGGGUUCGUAUUUCAGAAAGAGAAAGCUAAUGGCAUCUCGUAUACAAUGCAUAUAGCUGAUGGUAUUGUACCAAAGCUAACGACUAAAACGGUCAACAGAGGCUUUUGUCGUGAUGUGAAUAAUUUCUACCAGAACUGUCCAGCAUUCCAGUAUGUUUCAAGAAAUAUUGCAUCCUUGCAGUCUGUUGUCGACUCUGUUAUCUCUAAGGUCUUAGCAGACCUGCCAUAUUUUGUUGUGCCAAACAUCAGCAUCCAAAUGAUGCCCAAAGGAAAAUUUAUUCCAGGUAAUCCCUUGGAAACAACAGUCCCUAUCUACAUGGUACUGGCAUUUGCACCCUACAUAACCAUCCUCUUGAUCAACCUUGUCGACGAAAAAGAACAGAARCAGAAAGAAUUGCUGAGGAUCAUGGGAAUGUACGACACUGCCUACUGGUUGUCAUGGUUUCUGACCUAUGCCAUCAUACUAUUCUUUGCAUGCCUGAUCAUAAAUGCUAUCGCAAUUCCUACAGGAUUAUUUGGUGGUAGUAAUUUCAUGGUCAUGUUCAUUGUUUUCUACUUGUUUUCCAUAUCACUCAUCAUGUUUGCAUUCAUGCUCACGCCAUUGUUUAAGAAGUCUAUGACAGCGGGUGUAGUUGCAAAUUUGAGCACUAUCUGUUUUGGGGUACUCAUUAUCCCAUUGGGGCUACCCAAUGUGCCACAGUUUGGGUACUGGCUGGGAUGCUUGCUAUCACCUACAGCAUUUGGAUUGGUAUUACGUCAGGGUGUAGAUGCUACAGGUUUACACUUUGAUAACCUAUCCACCAAAGGAGCCUUUCCACCAGCCUACGCCAUUGCAAUGAUAAUUGUAGACAUUUUCUUGUAUCUUCUACUGGCCCUAUAUCUUGAUGCAGUCAUACCGGCAGAGUAUGGCAAAAGAAGGCCUCCCUACUUCAUCUUCACAGCAUCAUUCUGGAAAAGUGUGUUUUGUGAGAGUUCUGAUAAAAAAUGCCAUGAAAUGAAAAGACAGUUGUCAGCUAGAGGAACGCAGGAKAAUAUGGACGAUGUAGAACCAGUUGGUGAUGARAUGAUUGGUAAAGAGGCCAUAAGUAUUCACAAACUGAGGAAAGUGUUUCCUGGAAAGGAAGAAGUCAUAGCAGUAGAUGACUUCAGCAUGGAUAUCUAUGAAGGACAAGUGACAGCAUUGCUGGGUCAUAAUGGUGCAGGAAAGUCAACUCUAAUAGCUGCUUUAACUGGCAUGAUUAUGCCUUCCUCUGGAACAGCUUUGAUUUAUGGCAAAGACAUCACUGAUCCUGAACAAAUGAUUCAGAUACGCAGAAAUAUCGGUGUUUGUCCUCAACAAGACGUGAUCUUCAAUUUUAUCAGUGUGCGUGAACACUUGGAGUUGUAUGCAGGUCUGAAGGGCGUUCCYGGUGAUGAGAUCAAACCAAUGGUAGAUGAGGUUAUCAAGGAUAUUGACUUAGAAGGCAAGGCCGAUGAUAUUGCCAAGAACCUUAGUGGYGGACAAAAAAGAAAACUUUGUGUGGGAAUUUCGUUGAUGGGAAAUCCUAAAGUUUUAUUUCUGGAUGARCCAACAAGUGGUAUGGACCCAUAUUCCAGGCGCAGUAUGUGGUCAUUGCUGCAAAACAAGUCCAAAGACAAAGUUGUGUUAUUGACAACCCACUUCAUGGAUGAAGCAGAUAUUCUUGCAGACUACAAAGCCAUAAUGUCAAAGGGCAAGUUAAGAUGUGCUGGUUCAUCUCUUUUUCUAAAGAACCGCUUUGGAAUUGGCUAUCAUCUCAAUAUGGCCAUAUCGGAGGRUUGUGACCAAGAUGCCCUGCAACAACUUGUAAAGAGUAAAGUAGAAGGUGCUGAAGUCAUUCGUCAUCAUGGACAUGAGUUGGCUUUCUCUCUGCCCAUUGAGAAAGUUGGCACCUUUGCAGACCUUUUUGCAGCCCUAGAAGAAAACAAUGAUACCCAAGAAACAUGUGCCGCAUCUCAACUAGGAGUCUCCAGCUAUGGUGUGUCCAUGACAACAUUAGAGGAGGUCUUCCUCCAGCUUGAGGACACAAUGGAGAAAGAUGAUAAUGAUGACAACAACAUCAGCACAGAUGAUGUUAUAAAUGUYAAUACAGCAUCAUUAGAGGUGCUUGUUCCUGACGGCAAGGGCUCYCAAGCUAGUAAUCUUCAUCAUACUGGGGUGGAUCUUUGUAAUCAGAAAACAAACAAGCUUACUGGUACAGCAAGGUACAUGGGACAGCUACAGGGACUUCUCAAGAUCAACUGGCUGAAUACAAUUCGUAGCCCAUUAAAAAUCUUCUUCAUGAUUCUUCUUCCACCAGUCUUCCUUGUUAUUGGUUUGGUUCUCAUGAGAAAUAACAGCUCGACCAGUAAAUAYGAUCUUUCUCCUGUUCAAAUAUCACCAAGCAUGUACCUGACUCCUGGCAGCAAAGAGAAUUAUGCUGCGCCAUUGCUGUUUCAGAACUCCACUAAUGGAAAUGUGGAUGAUAUUUUGAGAUUUUUGAAGGAUUAUAAAGUAAAUGUUGAUAUGGGUUCUUUGAGUGCACACUUGGAUAAGGCCAGUGGUAAAAAGCCUUUUUGGAUUCUUGGUCUUGAAGCUCUUACRUUUCCCCAUGUAAAGAACAUGUCUUCCAAUYCCAAGUUGAUGUCACAUUUCCAUCUGCGCUUCAAUGAUACAAUGCCUCAUUCCAUACCGGUUGGUGUCAAUUUAAUCACCUCCGUCUUCAACAUGUAUGUCUUACAAGCCCAAAAUAAAACGCCAYAUGCUAUCAAAACUACCUUCAAAGAACUACCAAACCUAAAACCUAARUGGACCUAUGACACUAGUGCUUUUGUCUCUGUGCUUUUGAUUGGAAUGGGAUUUGUGCUCUUUCCUGGUUCGUUUGCUAUUUUAAUUGUUGCUCAAAGACAGAUGGGUGCUCGUCAUCUUCUUAGAGUCUCAGGMCUACCAUCCUUCAUCUACUGGCUGUAUUUAUUUAUCAGUGAUGGUAUAUUGUUCGUUAUUCCGACUGUGAUCAUGCURAUAGUCAUUCCGCUGGCUGGCGUGUCWUCUCUUUCAUCCAGUGUAGCAAUGGGUUGCUUGGUUCUCAGUGUUGCCCUAUAUAUCCCAUCAGGCACCUUGUUUUCAUAUUGUUUAUCGUUCUUGUUUGACAAGUGGGAGACGUGUCAGCAAGUGUUGCCAUCAGUGUUUAGUUACGCUGGAAUUCUUCCAUUUGUUGCUGUGUCAUUAGUCGACAUGUUGGCAAAUCCUGACGCUGCUAUCAUAAUCCACUAUGUCCUUUGCUUCAUUGAUCCAGUGUACUGUAUUGUUGGGGCUUUGUACUAUAUCAACAGGAUUYAUUUGAUUGCAACUCUGACAGCACAGUCCAAUGAUGUUACUAUUCCAGCCAGUGCAUACUUUACCUGGACAAAGUACAAUGGUAUUCCAGUAGCAUUCCUGGCAAUGUUUUUACAUUCGGUGAUCUUUGGUUGUCUUCUUUUCUACCUGGAUAAACGUAAAGCUGGAGUCUCAUGCUGUAGGAGGAAUGGUGGUAAUACUAGGUCAACUAGUCCCAGUCUCCAUGGCACUGACAAAGAAGAAGAUGUUCAAGCUGAAAAAGAAAAGAUAGCUGCAACAAAUCUGAGAGACUCAUCCAGCAACUCUUACUCUGUAGCUGUCAAGGGYUUGUGGAAGAGAUUUGGUGAGGGCAAAAAGCAGAAAGUGGUUGUAAAAGAUUUGAACUUUGGAGUAAAGCCUGGUGAAGUGUUUGGUUUGCUUGGACCUAAUGGUGCUGGGAAGACAACAACAUUGAACAUGAUAACAGGGGCUAUUGAUCCAUCUCGGGGACAGAUGACUGUUGCUGGGUUCGACAUGAGUUCGCAUGCCUAUGAGAUAUUCCAGCGUAUGGGAUAUUGUCCACAGACAGAUGCUCUUUGGCCUGACGUUACUCUAGARGAACACCUGAUGUGCUAUGCUAAGAUCCGUGGUAUUCUACCUAAAGAUAUCAAAUCAACUGUAAACUACUUCAUGUCAGCUAUGAAAGUAACAGAGCAUGCAAAGAAAAGAUCGAAAGCUCUUUCAGGAGGAACAAAGCGCAAGCUGAGUUUUCAAAUAGCAAUGCUUGGUGGGCCAGAAUUGYUGCUCCUUGACGAACCAUCCACAGGCCUUGAUCCUUCAGCUCGACGGUUCUUGUGGAAUACCAUCAGUAAGAAUGUCUGUGGUGACCGUGGUGCCAUCUUAACAACACAUUCUAUGGAAGAAGCAGAUGCYYURUCAUCUCGUGUCGGUAUCAUGGUUAAAGGAGAGCUAAAGUGCCUAGGGUCUACACAACACCUCAAGAGCAAGUAUGGUAGUGGCUAUUCACUUGARAUWAAGGUGAUUCAAAGUAGUGAUGGCCAGUCAAGUCUUGAUGACUUUGUGAAAGGGCURUUUCCUGGWGCCAUACUCAACGAGACGUUUGGUGGAAAAUCAACMUAUAAAGUGCCUAAUGAUGACGUUUCASAGCUCUCGAGCAUUUUUGCCAAGCUAGAAGAAGGAAAACAAACGGUUGGAAUUGAAGAGUACAGCUUCAGUCAGUCAACACUAGAACAAGUCUUCCUCGAGUUUGCUCGCGARCAAGACGAUGACAGGACUGGAGAAAAUGACCAUAGAGAUGAACUCCCCCCUGAAAAUGGCCCAGAGAUGGCGUAAAUCCGGUAGUGUAGAGUUUUUAAUUAGUCAGGGAAAAAGCUAAUAUAGAGAGAGUAGUAUCAAAAAUCCGUGAAAAAUCGACUUAAAAUGAAYAAUAUAAAGGUAGCAAAGUUCAUUUUUGCCUUGAAUUUUGAGAUUCAGUGUUGGAGUGUAUAUUUUUAGUUAUUCUAAAGUCUGUGUAGUUGAUCAAAUGAAAUGAGUAAAUGCAUAAAGAAUUACAAACAAAAAAUAAAAUAAAUAAAUAAAUAAAAUUAAAUCUACGAGCUGGUAUCGUAUCAUAAAAAGUGAUUUUACUUUUAUAAAAUUUAUAAUAAUUUUAUACAUUAAUACAUUAUACAUAUUUAAGAAUUAAUCAAUAACGUACAAUAAACACAUAUUUGAUGAUGUUAUCCACUAUAAUUGUCUCGUCUUGACCUCCUUAUUGGCUCAUCUCCAAGUUGCUCAGYAUAUCCCAGCAUGCAUUGGUCUAUCCAAGACUUGUGGUCAACGUGAAGUGUUCCUCCAAGACUCUCAGG